UGGACUUUCUUGAAGCAACAGGAAGCGACAACCCCCCGAAAGGAGUGUAGACUAGGGAGGAAAAAGAAAGAGUGGGUGGAGGUGGAACACGUAUCGAUUGAUUGUCUUUUCUCGAUCGAGAUUCACAACAAGUUCUGGUCGAGUCCUUGUGUGUCGGGCAGAACUUCUACGUGGCACCGCAUUGAAAAGCAUGUCUGCCUCAUAAAGGUCUAAAGGGAAGCGGACCCGGUUCUGGAGAGAGACAAGUGUAAAACCGCUCAUGGCCCAGGGCACCAGCCUCCAGUAUGAGCGAGUGGCAGAGAUCGGCGGCGGCGCUUACGGGACCGUCUAUAAGGCCCGUGAUAUGGAGAGUGGUCGCUUUGUGGCUCUAAAAAGCGUGCGAGUCAAAACGGACCAUAAUGGCCUGCCGGUCUCCACAGUCAGAGAGGUGGCUCUGUUGAAGCGACUGGAGCAGUUUGACCACCCCAAUGUGGUCAGGCUUAUGGACGUGUGUGCCACCCAGAGGACGGAGCAGGAGACUAAAGUCACUUUAGUCUUUGAACACGUAGAGCAAGAUCUCAAGACGUACUUGGACAAAGCACCGGCUCCGGGGUUGGCCCCUGAACGCAUCAAAGACCUGAUGAAACAGCUGCUAUGUGGUCUGGCAUUCUUGCACUCAAACCGUGUAAUGCACAGAGACCUGAAACCAGAGAAUAUUUUGGUAACCAGCCAGGGUCAGGUGAAGCUAGCUGACUUUGGACUUGCGCGCAUGUACAGCUGCCACAUGGCCCUCACUCCUGUGGUGGUGACACUGUGGUAUCGGCCUCCUGAGGUUUUACUGCAGUCCAGCUACGCUACACCUGUGGACAUCUGGAGCUCCGGCUGCAUCUUUGCGGAAAUGUUCAAACGAAAACCUUUGUUCUGUGGAGAAUCCGAAGUGGACCAACUCGGGAAAAUCUUUGAAGUGAUUGGUUUGCCACAAGAGCAGGAGUGGCCAACUGGUGUUACGCUUUCAAGACAACACUUCCCCCCUUUCUCGGCUCGCCCCAUAACUGACUGUGUUCCAGAUAUAGACGAGCAGGGAGCGCAACUGCUGCUGGGAAUGUUAACCUUUGACCCCUGCGAUCGAAUAUCAGCUCUGAAUGCACUAGAUCAUCCGUAUUUUCGCAACGAGGAGAUAUUGACUGAGAGAAAAAGCUGAGCUGCUGCAAUAAAACGCAGAAACAAGCCCAGUUUUGGGCCGCAAGAUUUCAUACUCAAGGAAGUCCCUCUUGUGCCCUGGGAUGUUUUUUUCUUUUUUUGAUUACUCCAGUAUCAAAAUUAAUUGAAGAGGAGUCGUGUUGAAGAGGAGCAAACUCAUGGAUGGACAUCCAUGCAUUUCCAAGAUGUAAAUGUCACAAGUAUUGAUGUUAACCCAGCAUGACUUAAUUGUUUUUACUCUGUCUGUCCCUCAACAUUUAGUUACGGGCUCGGCAAAGUGACAGAAUUGACAUCUUGGUUGUGAGCAAGCCUUUAGUCAAUUGAAAAGACGCACGGUAACAUCAAUCACCCUCAAAGUCAUUUCUGAAAAAUGUUUGGCAUCAUUGGAUGACUGAAGAGGUGGAUUUUAUUUAGAUUCCAGUCUUGUUGUUUUUUUGUGUGUGGAAACCUUUUGAAAUCAAUCUGCACUGCAACCACAAAGGAAUAAAAACACUUUCAAUCACAAAACAA